AUUAAAUGUCAUUUUUCUAUAACAGAUAACAAGAUCAAACAUUACCAUUGCCUCAUGGCUAUCAAUACAACCUAAAAUAAGAAUAAGAACCUCAACAUCAAACAAAUCUAGUGUACAAUCAAAACCCUGAAGUCUUGGCAAAACAAACUAAUCAUCAAUAUUUCCUAACUCAGGCAGCCAAUCACUCACCAAAAGAAAACGAUAUCAAGGUCGAAAUAAUCCCCAAGGGGAACCAAAACGAUCAUCUAACUCCUCAGAGAAAUAGAAUCUUUGAAGAAUUACCUGACAUCAAAGUAAGAAAAGAAUUAAGCUAAACAAGAUAUAAAUCUACACCAGGUAAAAGACAUAGAAUUUUUGAAUAAGAUAACAGCGUCGAUCUAACCCAUCAAAAAAUUGACUAGAAGUAAAUUACAAGAGUCUCAAACCAUCAUAAUAAUAAUAUUAAAUCCUUACUUCUAUAAGAAAUUGAAACCAUUAAACAAAAAUCCUAACUCUACUAAGGAACAUACCAACAGCUGCUCCAAAAAGUAAUAACAAUCAAUUUAAAAUAUAGUUAAUCCAAAUUGUGGAGACCAAACAAGACGAUUUGAAUUUGCGAUUGGAUCCAGAGUUCAACAACAUCAUAUUCAAAAUACGCACACUGCAGGGACUUGAUUUUAGCGAUAAAAUAUAAAUUGAAAAAAUCAUUAAGCAAAUUGUGAAUUAAGAUGAUAAACUAUUAUUCUAAGGAUUGGUUAAAGAAUUGAUUUAAAAUGAAUGGAUGUAUUGGAUAGAACCAUUGUAUUAUGAUGUAUAAAAAUAAUAAAUACCCAAAGAAAAAUGGAAAUCCUUCAUUGAAAAACAAAAGUCAAUCUAUAAAGUAUGAUCAUUUUCCUAUUUAUAAUAUUAAGUUUUAUAUGAAUACUUAAAGUAUUUGUUACACUAUCUUCAACACUUUCCAUUACUCAAAUUAUACACUACAUACAUAUUAUUAAUUAUUAAUGUUUAAUUCUUAUUAAUAUGAGAAAUAACUAGCCUUAUCCAAAGAGAUAGAUAAGAUUAAGAAAGGCUAUAUGAGAGAACGAGAAGUUCGCAAAGGUAUCAGUGAUUCAAUAAAUCAAGAGUUAAACAAUCGAUUGGCUUAGAAUUAUAGGAAACGAGUCGAAAAUUUUGUAAUCAAUAUGCUUGAGAAUCCUGUCGUCUGUGCUGAAUACAAAUAGCCAACCACCUAAGCGUUUAGAGAGGAAGACCCAACCAAAAAUUUGGGUGAUCCGCAAUUUUAUGUUAAGGGUUUCAAACACGAAAAAGAUCGUAUCCAAGAAGCUUUGGACAGAAACAAAGACCUAGAUUUUCUACCGAAUCGACAAGUUGCUCACUACUGUUUUAGAGAGAGGGAUCCUUCCAAAGACAUUAAACGAGAUGUGUUUCGAUACAGGGAUAAAACUAGUCUAGAAAGGAUAGAACAGUUUUUGAAGGAUCACACAUAAACUCAAGUGGAGAAUCAGAAAUUCAGCAAGAAGAAAGUAUUAAAUUUGGAAAAUCUCUCUGAAAAUAUGAGUUCACUUGAUAGAAAAGCUUAUUUAAGCAGAUUGAUUGCCAAAAAUUUACUCCCUAGUUUACAUCAAAAAACACAUUUCUAAGCUACUGCUACUAUGUUUAAUAAUUUGCCAUGUAUUCUCCUUGUGUUAAUAUCUAGUAUCUCUUAUGGAUCAUGCUAGAUCGGCUCCAUUAUUAAAAUAAGCAGACUCAGAAGAAAAAAGUAAUUAUUUUACUAAUACUCUCUAGAAUCUCAACAAUAGCAAAGGGAAGUUUAAAAAACUGAAGAGAUGGAAUAGAAAGAUAAUAAAAUUAAGUAAGGUAAUGAAUUGGAGACUUUUAAUCCUGUUGAGACUUCUAAAUCAGUCUUAGAAAAAUGUAAUGUCAUUCGAAACAAGAAUCCUAAAAUUAGCACAAUCCAUAAAGGAUAAGGACAUUUAAUCUCUACCUUAGACAAAUCAAUCUAAGAAAUUUAUAAGGACAUUUAUGGAAUAGAUUUAAGUUAAGGCAAGUUUUUUUAAAAAUGA